AUGAGAUUCACUUCCUUAUGCGAGAAGAUCAGAUUGAUUGCUACUUUCAUUCGUCAUUUCGUGUUCGUCACCAUGCACACUCACAACUUUUUGAUACUACCACAUGUGCUCUUGAUAUUUUCAACAGCGGAUGCUUACUUUGGUUACGGUGUGAUCCGUUGCCUGUUUACUUCUAAAGAUGAUGUUGUUUAUCUGGCGCAAGUCUACUUGAAUAAGAUGCUUCUGGGCCAGUACAACAGCACUUUGGGGAAAUAUGUCGGCUACACAGAGAAAACUAAAGAAAUUGCAGACAAUCUCAAUAAAAACAAAGGUUUCCUGGAACAUGAGAAAAAGAACAAAGAGAAGUGCAGAACCAACAUCCCACUCGUGUUGGACAUUCUUUCAAGACCAGUGAAGCCCAUUGUCAGGCUGAGGUUAGUUGAGUCAGCAGAUAGCAAACAUCCAGGCUUGUUCAUGUGCAGCGCGUACAACUUUUAUCCCAAACAAAUCAAACUGACGUGGCUGAGGGACGGAAAGGAGGCAACAUCUAAUGUGACUUCCACUGAUGAACUACCCAACGGAAACUGGCUCUACCAGAUUCACUCCUACAUCGAGAUUUCAUCGAAACCUGGAGAGAAAAUCAGCUGCGUGGUGGAGCAUGCCAGCCUCACAGAGCCCAAGGUUUAUGACUGGGUGCCAAUAACUGAAGCAGGGAGGAAUAAGAUUGCUGUUGGUGCAGCAGGGCUGCUGCUGGCUUUGGUGUUUCCAAUUAUUGGAGUUAUUUUCUACAAGAGGAAGGCCACAGGCCGAUCUAACUGAAAUGGUGGGAAAAAUGAGGUUUAAG